AAGUACGCGGUCCAAUCCGACCCCAAUUCCAAGAAGGGCACACCAAAUCUCGAAAGAUUCCCAAUGCUGACCUGCAGAAAACCGAGAAAUCUCACUCGCCUCUACCCCCUCUCUCCUCCGUCCCUCGCCAUGGCCGGCCGCCUCCUCCCUCUCCUUCGGCUGCUGCUGCUCCUCCUCCCCUCGGCGUCGCCGGCGGCUGCGUCUUUCCGUGGAGAAGCGGCUGCGGCGGCGGAUUCUGGUCGGUGUCCGGGGCUAGAAGAUGGACUGCCGCCGUUCGCCGGCGCGCUCCGGCAGAGCUGCCGCGUCUCCGCGGAGGGGUACCCGGCCGAGGAGCAGGUUGAUGGGGAGAAACUUCUCAGGGAAUUGGGUGGCAAGGAAGAGUACGCAGCUGUCCUUUUCUACGCAUCAUGGUGCCCUUUUUCGCAAAGAAUGAGACCAGUCUUUGAUGAUCUGAGCUCAAUGUUUCCACAGAUUAAGCACUUGGCUGUCGAAGAGUCCAAUGUCAUGCCUGCCUUUUUAUCGAGAUAUGGUGUCCGUAGCCUGCCUUCUAUAAUCAUAGCUCAUGGAUCAUACGCAUUCUGGCCGCUUGGUUCUAAAGAUCUUGACUCACUGGUCAACUUUUACACUGCUGUAACGGGUCAAGAACCAGUCGCAUAUAUUGGUCCACGGAAGUGGAGUACAUCUCAAAGCACACACUAUGCUAAGCUUUGGAAUAGCUCGAUCAGUGAAGCAGUGAAGAGAGAACCCUACCUAGCAUUCAGUAUCCUGUUUAUUUGCCUGAGGAUAUUCUUGUUCUUCUUCCCAAAGUUCUUCACUCUCAUCAAAGGCUUCUGGAUCCAGUACUUCCGGCACAUCAACCUUGGAAUCCUUGCCAAAUUGACCCAUCUGCUUGAAUGUGUGCCACAUGCUGUGGACGUGAGGAAGAUGUGGAUCAAGUGGAGGCUCAUGGUUGGAGCUAAGAAUGCCAGGGUCUGGGCGUCAUCUCUAACUUCCGUGUCACUUGGCGGGCAGUCUUUGCCCCGAGCUGCUGUUUUGGAUUGAUGCGCUCAACUCUUUAACAGCGAGGAGAUAGUGUGCUGAUUCUUUGAAAUGCACUGGAUGUAGUAGCUCCUGUAAGUCAUAUGAGCAUGUAGAGACAGUUUAGGUCUCUGCUCAGAACAAUACAUCUUGUUUGUAGCUUGUAAAUCUUAGGGAUAAUGUUGAGCCUUUGUAAAUCACACUGCAACAUUACUCCCGAUUGUCCAUUGUCAAAGAUCAGGCUCUGUCUCAAGCAUUGAGCAACAGAAGAAACAGCAUAUAUCCUUUUUUUCCAGAAUACAUUGUCAAAUGCACGA